AUGACUAAGGAAAAGGCAAAGUAUUCGAAGGCGUGUCUUCUAUGUUCGAGGAGGCACCAAAAAUGCGACGACCAAAAACCGUGUAACCGAUGCAUAAAGCAUAAUAAAACUUGUACAAAGGUCACUAAAAUCGUCGAAGUGACCUUUCCUCCCCCUACACAACCCGUAUCACAAAAUUCGAAUUUGGAGACGCCGCUAUCACCACCUUCCUCUGCUCCUUUAGAGCCGUUGUUCG